AUGACACAACCGGCCUUGCAAGCGCCUCAGUUCGAGCAUCAUCCCACCGGCUUCGGCAUUGGCUGCGCGAGUCCACGGCUUUCGUGGAAAUUCGACACCGACUCGACGACGCUGCCCGGAUGGACCCAGAGCGCCUAUGAGAUCGAAGUCGCCCUAGACGACGGUACGACCGAAACCUUCAAGCAUGAUGGCUCAAGCAACCUCCUCGUCCCCUGGCCACAUCGGCCGCUUCGCUCAAGCGAGCGUGCCCAGGUGCGAGUCCGAGCUUUUGGGCAUGCAGAAAGCAGACAACCCGAAGCCACGACAUGGUCCCCUACUGCGCAUCUGGAAGUCGGCCUCCUCGAGCCCGUGGACUGGAAAGCGUCAUUCAUCACACCAGCCGAGCGCUUUGGCCCGGAGUUUCCUCUCCAGCCGGUCCGUUUCCGGCGGGAGUUUGAGCUGCCUGGUGAUUCAUCUGCAAGUCCGGUACGGCUCUAUGUCACCGCUCUCGGCGUCUACGAGGCAUCCAUCAACGGACAAGUCGUGAGUGACGAAUGCAUGGCGCCGGGCUGGACCAGCUACGGCCAUCGACUCAACUAUAGUGUGCUCGACGUGACCAAGUUCGUGAUGCCGGGCAAGCCGAAUGUCCUUGCCAUCGAAGUGGGAGAAGGCUGGUAUGCAGGAAAACUCGGCUUUCGGGGCGGCACGCGCUUCCUCUACGGAGGGAAAGAGCUGGCGGCUUUUUGCCAGCUGCAGGUAGAUGGGAAGCCUGUUGUCGUGACAGAUGAGAGCUGGCGGUGUAUGCCGAGCGCGAUCGUGUCCAGCGAGCUGUAUAACGGGGAGGUAUACGAUAUGCGACUCGAGCAGGCUGGGUGGAACGCCGUCGGCGGUGACACGUCGAGCUUCAGACCGGUCACGCGGCUCGACUCUCCGCCGCAGCCGUUGCUGGUCGCGCCGAAUGCACCACCAGUGAGAGUCAUAGAAGAACGACCCGCGGCCGCGGUGUUCCGCUCCAAGAGCAACAAGACCAUCAUCGAUUUCGGCCAGAACCUCGUCGGCAGAAUCCGCGUCAAGUCACUGCACUUGUCCACAGGCCACAGACUGACCGUCCGUCACGCCGAGGUCAUGGAGCACGGCGAGCUCGGCACGCGGCCGCUGAACGAAGCCCGUUGCGAAGAUACUGUCAUCGGCUCCGGUGAAGAGCUUCGGAACUGGACGCCCAAGUUCACCUUCCAUGGCUUUCGGUACGUGCAAGUCGAGGGCUGGCCGGGCGGCGAUGAAGCGCUGCAGGACAACGUCGUGGCACUAGUCAUGCACAGUGCGAUUCGACGACGCGGCUUCUUUGAAUGCUCAAACCACUGGGUGAAUCGGUUAGGCUGGACAGGCGACAUCAACGUCUUCGCCCCCACCGCGUGCUACCUCUACGACACCAUCGGCUUCCUCGACGACUGGCUCUCCAGCCUCGCAGUCGAGCAGCUCGCCGAUCCCAACGGAAUACCCGGUCUUGUAUGCCCCUUCGUCCCUCUUCCCGACUGGCCUCGGAUCCCCCAAGCAGUCUGGCACGACGUGACCAUCAUGCUGCCGGAGGAGCUCUUCCGCUUCACCUCGGACGUCACCGUGCUGGAGCGGCAGUUCGACUCCAUGCGCGCCUGGCUCGACAAGGGCGUCGACCGCGGCGCCGACGGCCUGUGGGACUUGUAUCGCUGGCAGCUCGCCGACUGGCUCGACCCGACCGCCCCGCCUCAGCAGCCGGGCCUGAGCUUGGACAGACUCCGUAUUGGCAAAGACCAGCUGGCGCGCGAGUACGCACAGCAAGCGACAACUCUCCUAACACGGUUCCAAGACAAAUACAUCACCCCCAGCGGCAACCUCAUGUCCAACACGCAGACCGGCCUUGCCCUUGCCAUCACCUUCAACCUCUACCACACCCCGCACCAACUCACAACCGCCACCCAGCAACUCAGCAAACUCGUGCGCGCUGCCCGCUUCAAAAUCGCCACCGGCUUCGCCGGCACCCCGCGCAUCCUUGAAGCGCUGACCCAGACGGGGCAAGCGCCGCUCGCCUACCGCAUGCUCCUCCAGAAGGAGUGCCCGGGCUGGCUGUUCCCCGUCAUCGCCAUGGGCGCGACGACCGUGUGGGAGCGCUGGGACAGCAUGCUUCCCGACGGCAGUAUCAAUCCGGGGAGCAUGACCAGCUUCAACCACUACGCGCUGGGGGCGGUGGCGCAGUGGCUGCACGGUCGCGUGGGUGGGCUCGGUAUGCUGGCGGAGGGUGAAGCCGGGUGGCGGACGUUCAGGGUCAGGCCGGUGCCCGGUGGGAACUUGACAUGGGCGAAGACGGCGUUUGAUGGGCCGUGUGGGAUGAUCCGCGUGGAGUGGUGGGUGGGGUUGGAAAAAGACGACGACGGGAGGGAUGCUCGACAACAACAACUGGGGGGAAGGGAGACGAAGUUUAGAAUGAAGCUUACCGUGCCGCCGAAUAGUCGGGCGGUAGUCACGCUUCCUAGUGAAUGGGCCGCCGCCGCCACCGCCGCCGCCGCUGCUGCGGGUGAGGGUGAGGGAGCAAAGGAGGUCGAACGCGUGGUGGGUUCUGGCGUGCAUGAAUUUGCCUGUGCGUACACGGCCGCCGAGUGGCCGCCAAAGGUGCUGUUGCCGCCCAACUUGACUUAUUCGGCGGAUAUGGACGAAGUGGCUGCAUAG